UGCGCCCUGGAACCCUGACCUGCUCUCGUUCAGCGCCCACUGGUUCCCUUCUGUGAUCCAGCCAGCCUCCCACUACAGAGUCGCCGCUGCCACCGGGACAUGGUGCUUUGCGUUCAGGGAUCUUGUCCUUUGCUGGCUGUGGAGCAGAUUGGGCAGCGGCCCCUGUGGGCCCAGUCCCUGGAACUGCCCGAGCCAGCCAUGCAGCCCUUGCCUGCUGGAACCUUCCCAGAGGAGGUGGCAGAGGAGACCCCUGUCCAGCCAGAAAGUGAGCCAAAGAUGUUGGACCCUGAGGAGGAUCUGCUGUGCAUAGCCAAGACCUUCUCCUAUCUUCGAGAAUCUGGCUGGUAUUGGGGUUCCAUUACAGCUAGCGAGGCUCGGCAACACCUGCAGAAGAUGCCAGAAGGUACAUUCCUAGUACGAGACAGCACCCAUCCCAGCUACCUAUUCACACUGUCAGUUAAAACCACCCGUGGCCCCACCAAUGUGCGCAUUGAGUAUGCUGACUCCAGCUUCCGCCUGGACUCCAACUGCUUGUCCAGGCCUCGCAUCCUGGCCUUCCCAGAUGUGGUCAGCCUUGUGCAGCACUAUGUGGCCUCCUGUGCUGCUGACACCCGAAGUGACAGCCCUGAUCCUGCUCCCACCCAAGCUCUGCCUGUGCCAAAGCAAGAUGCACCUGGUGACCCAGCUCUGCCCACCCCCGCAGCCACUGCCGUGCAUCUAAAAUUGGUACAGCCCUUUGUGCGCAGGAGCCAUGCCCGCAGCCUACAGCACCUGUGCCGCCUUGUCAUCAACCGUCUGGUGACUGAUGUGGACUGCCUACCACUGCCCCGACGCAUGGCCGACUACCUCCGACAAUACCCCUUCCAGCUCUGACUGGACCACGUACCCUGCCCAAUCCUAUGCAGUCACAUGCUGGAGGGGACACAGUCCCCAGCUGGACUCGGGCUUCUGUUAUCCCUCCUUCAGUCAUCCUGGUGCCUGCAUGCAUGUGACUGCUGGACCAAGAAGAGCCAGCAACAGCAAGGCAGGGGGUGAGGGUAGGAGUCACACAACUCAGAGGUCAGCACCCCCAGCUCAAGAUACAUUUGGCUCCAUUGUGGUGAGCCAUGUGUCAGAGGAGAGAGAGACGGGCAGGACCUUGUCUCACCUUGGGGGCUGAACCCAGGCCUCUACUUACUUGCCUGCCCCAGACACCUGAACUGUGUAGACUUUCCUGGCCCUGGUUUCUCAAUUCGUAGGGUGGGUCAGGCUCCCUACCUCCAGCCAGCCUCUGUUUCUGGGAGGAUGGCAGCCAGAGGAACUGAGGCUGACAGUGACAGCCCCCUUGUGGGGGAACAGGCUGCCUUGGGGAACCACACAGUUAUGUAGUAUUUAUUUAUUUAUUUUCCUUGGGGUUGGUCUCGGGUGAGCCACCCCAGCUUGGUUCUUCCCUGUGGAGAGCCCCAUCCUGAGACGCGUGGCUGGACCCAAGGCAAUCCUGGAUAUCCUGGUACUGACCCACCUGCCUGUGAAUAUGUCCAGUCUCUUCAGUCCCCAGCCCUGUCUUAGGGAUGGUGGGUGAAUGAACAAGAAAAUGAAGCCAGAGCCUCAAACCCCACCAGAGUCUGUGCUCACCCCCUUGCAAGGGGGCACCAUAGCUGCACAAAGCUGGCCUCAAUGUGGCACAAGCCCCGCAGAGUAUGUGCAGUGUUAGGAAGGGGGUACUGCUGCAGCUCUAAUGGGUUUUCUUCCUGCCCAGAAAAGGUGCCUGCAUGUUAGAGGAGGAGAAAUACACAUCUGAUAAGACUUUAUAAAAUAAUUAUUAUGACACAAAACCCAGUUUGGUAGUCUUUUUUCUUCCACUGAUUUUUCUGUAAUGACAAUAAAAUUAUCCCUUCCA